AUGCGGAGGGCCAGGGGGGGAGGCGCGGUGGAGGAGCGCGCGGAGUGGGCCGGGCAGGUUUUCGUUUUGCGGGACGUGUUUGUGAACCAUUUCGGGCAGGUGUUUAACAAGACUCACCUGUUCGACACGGGCGGCUGCAACUGGAAAGCCAAGUUUAUGUAUCCCAAGGAUGCACCAGUCGUGUCCCACCAAACAGUGGUGAAUCUGAUGGUGGCAAGGAGUGACCAGCGCUCGUACCACCAGGUCAUCGAGAGGCUCCCGCUGCUGCACGUCCUGCGCAAGAUGACAAAGAAUCCCGCCCUCAAGGACGCACACGUGGCUCUGCCGUCGUCCAGGGGUUUGCGUCGAAUGCUCACCAGCAUUCUCGAUUUCGAUCUCCCAUGGACGCCUUUCCCCUUCCACACGCCCAACACGCUCCUCUUCGCCGAGUCUCUCGUCCAACCUCUCUCGGAGCACUGUGACGAGCCUCAGCACUCGGUUUGGCGAGACAUCCGAACCUCGCUCUUCGAACCGGACCACCCGUACCACCCCCGAGCCUCCUCCAUCGCUUCCCCCCGAACCUCCCUCUCCCUCCCCUCCGUCAUCCAAUCCCACCACCUCUUCCUCCAAGCCUCCUCCCAAGCCAUCCACGACGCGAAAGCCGCCCAGAAUCCGGGCAGCAAGGAAAAACUUUCCGUGAGCUACCCUACGCCGUUUUUUGCCGGCGUGCUGCCCAUGCUUGACGUGGAUUUGGGGGAGGAUGAGGUGGCAUGGGCGGCGUUACCGAGCGAUUGGAUGGUGGUGGUGGGAUUGCAGGGGCUGCAUAAUCGGGCCGAUGCGGAGGCGAUCAGGAACGUUGUGCUUCAGCAUUUCCCGGCCCACCGAGUUGCUAGCUACUGCCCGAGCAUGUCUGUGGAAGAAUUGUCACUUUUAUCCCACUCUAAUCCCACUUCUGACCUUAUCUUCCAUUUUUCUUCCCCUGCCCGGCCUUCUCCCCCCUCUUGCAUUGCAGUGCGCAACCUCUUCUCGCGUACAGCCCUUUUCAUUACAGUCACAGACAGCACUCUCAUGCACACCAUAUUCAUGCGGCCGGCAACUCUUGUCCUGGAGCUGCGCCACCCUUCAGCCCUCCGCUUCCCCUCCUACUCCCUCUCCUCGGUUUUGAGGCUCCAGCAUUACAUCUCGGUUUGCAGUACUAGCCCCUCUUUUGGAGGGGAAGAACCGGAUGUAGACCCUGCAAUGGCGGCUGUGUCAGGGGGAGGCGCUGAAGGCGAAAAUUCCCCUUUAUUUUGUGACCUAGACCAUGUGAAAGAGGUGGUGGAUCGGGCAGCGCAAUUUGUCUACUUAAGCGAGGCUGCUUAUGCAGAGUCAAUCAAGAGGCUCGGUAAAAGGAAGGGGCGAGGAGGGGAAGAACGGGCGGCAGCAAAAACAAAUCUUGCCGUGCCUAUGCUACCCGCUGCUACAUCUGAGGGGGUAGACUGGGGGUUGUCCGUUCCAGAUCUUACUAAAGUGAUUCCAGGUUCAGUUCUCCGAACGUCCGGGCAGGUUGAAAGUUUCCGGUCGUGGGCAGCGUGCAUCGGUCAGGCGGGGCGGUGGAAAUUCGACGGGCGGCCGAGAUUUUUGCCGUGGCCUUAUAAGGGUGCAGGCACGUGUGACAUUAGAGCAAUGGAGACUACAAAGGGGGUGAUAGCUGUGAAUGAAGCAGAUGAUGUUGUGAGGAGGGGGGGUGCGCCUAGCGAAUGGAAGAUUCGCGGGGAAUUGAAGUAUGUUUGGGAUGUUCUUAAAAGCAAAUGCGAUUAUAAGGAGGAUGUGGCGAGUGUGGGGAUGGGAGAGGAGCGGUAUGAGGAGGAGGAAGGAGGAGGAGGAGGAGGGGGAGAGUUGGGAGAGGAGGGGGAGGAGGAAAGUGAUUUGCUUGAGGAGGAUAACGGGGAUGAAGGCGAGGAAGAAGGGGAAGGUGAAGGGGCCCCUGUGCUUCCUGCUGCCGAUGCAAUUAUACUGAACCGCGGGCCGCACUAUAGAGAGGAUAACGACUUUGAGCCGCACCUGCGCACUACACUCUUAUACCUCCGAAACCGGUUCCCGGAUAAGCUGCUAAUCUACCGGAACAGCGCGGGCGGCCACGUGGACUGCCCGAAAUACCACAAGCCAAUCGAAAAAGGCGCUGCAAGACCCCUCUAA